GAGUUAUUUAUGACAGUGUUUUAGGCUGUGGUUGGACGUGCUUGUAGAGCUAUAGCACCAUGUUCUGGUGUUUGUGUCUGUGUGGCUAUCUUGUACUCGAUUUUUCUUCCAUCACUUAUGGUUUACGGAUCCACUCGAACCCGAAUGGAAAGGAAAUAUCCCUAGCGGGCGAGGAUGCUUCGCUAACAUGUUACUAUUCGCCACAACUACCGUCUGCGAACGAUUUUGAGGUGAUGUACUGGAAGUUCGCGCCAAAAACUAACCUCUCGGCCGAGACUAGUAUUGCAUCGUACAGAGUAUCUACGGGGGUAAGGUACAACAUGAACGGAUUGAAACUGAACGCGAGCUGGCAAUAUGGCGGAGCACUGAAGAUCAUGAACACAUCCUUAGAUGAUCAAGGCGACUACACGUGUCAGAUAGCAACGUCUAUGGGCUUUAGAGACAGUAUGACGACGCUUACAGUUUAUGCUGUACCCCGGUACCUCCAGAUCUACAACUCGAGCCAUCAUCUGGCCGAUCCUUCUACACCCUUCCAAAUGACGUCAGGGGAGCCACACUCCAUCGUUUGCUCGGCCUUUCCGCUAUCAAGCCCGGCCACCAACCUCAGCUGGGAACUCGACUCAACACUGCAAAUAGCUCGUAACAUGAUCCAUUUCGCACCUGAGAAUAUUACAUCGUCUAGGUCCUCAUCAUUGUCGUCGCCAGGUGACUGGGAAUUCUUCUCUACGGAGAGGCGACUGGUUCUGACACCAAGGGACAACAAUCAUGGAGCGGUCAUCAGUUGCUAUGGUGAUCACCCUGGGUUACAGGAGAAGUUGUCCGUGUCAAUCACAUUGAGUGUUCUAGUUUCUCCGAGCUAUAUACGGAUCUUCAACGCGAGUUAUCAGCCUCUCUCUGACACCGGAAGCGUGAACGUGACCCAAGAUAGAGCUGUGACCUUUGUUUGCAUGAGCACCAGGUCACGACCUCCAACUUUUCCAAGAUGGCGGAUUGGUGAUGACGCCAUUGAGGAUCAAGUGACAAGGACGACCAUCCCGUACGAUGAUCAAGAACUGUAUGACGUAUCAAGCCGCAUGAUCUUGGCAAGAGUUCUCCGAGAGCAUCAUGGGAAAAGGGUUACCUGUUCGGCUUCCGGGUUCAAUCUUCGAGCCGUAGCAACCAAUAUUACAUUGCACGUUUUGGGACCCGCGGAUCCUCCACGUAUUACGAACUUCACAGGGGCUUUCGUCGAGGGAAGAUCCCGUUCUUUAGAGUGCAUCGCCCUCAACGGAUUUCCUCCAGCGGACAUCGAAUGGCGCAUUGACGGACAUCCCACUCCUGACACCGAUACCACGAUCGUCAAACGCUGGCGAUACGACGUCGUGAGCCGCGUUACCAUUCUACCAGACCGAGGUAUGAACGGGAAAGAAGCCACCUGCAUCGUCCGGACUCCGUCAGUGCCGUCAACGGAGAUGCGCAGUUCCGUCGCUUUGAAUGUCCUGUUUUGUCCUCAUCGAGUUUCUAUCUCCUGCGAACCGGUCGUGGCUGGGAGACCUAGUUGGAUAACUUGUCGAUCUGCCGUCAGUAACCCUGCUCCACGCUUGCUGUGGGCCAUGGAAGGGAAGGAGAUCGAAAACAUCCAUGACGAUCACGUCGAGUCUUCCAACAGCAUUAACACCACGGUAGGGUUUUUCUCGUCGUCGAGCUACUCGAGGGGUUUCGUUGCCGACGACCACGGGAAGAUUGUCCGCUGCUGUGCGGCUCGGGAUGAGGAGUUAGGAUGCACAACAGAUGUCUGCAUGGAAUGUCCGCUGAACGUGUACUGUAAACCGAAACUUCUGCAAGAGGGAAAUGACAUGAUAAAAUCACUGCACGAGAACUACAUCACUCUAAGAUGCUCGGCUCGUGGGAAUCCACCCCCGUCGAUAGAAUGGUACAGUCCAUGGAUGGUUCACGAUUCGCCUAUCAACGCAUCGACCCCUGGCGUCAUCUCACUGGUCGAUACCAUCAUUGACGGGGAGGGGUCUGAUAGGGUGACGAUACAGAGUACGUUGGUGAUCGAGUCUUCGGCUGGUAUUGACACGAGAGUUCAAGGGGUCAAGUGCGUGGCUUCAAACUCUAUCGGCUCUGGUUCAAUUGCUUCUUUCUUUGGCAACACAAGUGAUAUCACUUCAGUAUACAAUCAAGAGACUGGCUUAUUGACAGUGCAUUAUUCCCCUGACUCUGUACCGCCCUCCCCCGACGCCAUACCAUGUGUUCAUGUCGACUACAAGCUAGCAAAUAGGCAAGCAUGGAAGCUGGGUGCCACGUGUUUCCAGCUACGGACCAAUGAGACGGCAGUCAUUGUCGAGAGUGGGUUGAACCUGUCUGAGAUCGGGCUGAGGGUAUGCUUCUACCAGGAGUUCUGUGACAUUCCGCUUCCACCACAGCCAUUUUCCCAGAAAACCGCAACAGCUAUCAACAACAUUCUCUUUCCAACACUGUUGGUCGGCAUCGCAUUAUGCUUGAUACUUUUCAUCGCAGUGGCAUUCUUCAUAAAACAGAAAAGAGGCAGAAGAGUGCAUAAACAGUCGAACCGACAUGGCCGAGGGUAUACCAGAAGCAACCAGGUGUCCAUCACACGUACGGUUCAAAGGUCACAAGCAAGUGAAGAAGACGCCAUCCCUUCUGACCAGGUGCCUCGAGGUGAGAUGAACCAUUACAUGGACAUGGCAUCUUCUGCAACAUCACAGGGCGCCACCAAGGGAACCGAACCUCAGAACGCCGCAAUGAGCCCGUUCCCAGAUCCCGGUGAUCUUUUGACCUAUGAAGACAUGAGAGCGGAUGGACAACCGGUCAGCCCCGGGUAUGCUCAUUAUGUUGCUGGAUGCCAAUCAGUGGACACUUUUGUGUAUGGCAAUAUACCCACCUCAGCAAUGCCUUUGAAGAGAAGCGACUCCGGUAUCUGCUGCUCCUAUUCCUUAUCUCCUACCAAGCUGGACUCUUUCAAUCUGCAGAACACGUACGAAUCGACCAUCUUCAACAUGCCCGAGAAGCUACAAAUGCCCACUCGUGGCGCUGCAGACCAAGGUGAUACGGACACGCACAUGACACCCGAAGGCAUCUACCAAUUCACCACGCCCGAGAAGCUACAAAUGCCCACUCGGCGCGCAGCAGACCACGGUGAUUCAGACUCGCCCAUGAAACCCGGAGAUAUCUACGCUAGCCCAUUACUGUCAUCGAGCACGGUUGCGUCCGAGUGGAAUUUCGUCCCCACUUGCUCGACAUGGAGGGGUGGCGGACCAGAGUCUUGUGAGAGGAGCGGUUUGCAGCUGUAUGCCAAUGCCCCACAUGAAGUCGACUAAUGAUCUUCAAGGCAGCAGGGAAGCACUGUGGUGCCUCUUUCUUUUGACGUCCAUCAGGAGAUGUGGGUUCGAAUCCCGGCUAGGCCAGGCCUAGCCGGGAUUCUCUAGUACCCGUUUAUCCAGUGGCGUGGCUUAGAUCCCAGGGCACUUGCAUAAUUAGCAUGGCAUCGGUCGUACAGGAUUGUUGCAUGCUUUUGAAAAGGCGCUUUAUAAAUCUGGCUCUCUUUCUCGGUCUUCUCUCAUGAUUUCUCUAUUCGAUUGGAGGCUCACGUACCUCUUGUGCCCCCUAAGCUACGCCAUUGCAUUUUUUACGAAUUAGAAUCCAAUACUAAAAUAUAAACUAAUCAUAAGGCUUUAGCGCGUAGACCUAUACAUGAGUAGGCUUCUUUACAUACAUGUAAUUAAUCGAGGUCAAAAAAGUUCAACCGAUC